AUGAAUCCAGCUAGUUUGGACUCUAUGGUUGUUUCGAUCAAAGGUGCUUUCAAGUCAAGGUUCAGACGACAACGACCCCGUACGGAGACAGAAGAAGCAACCGAAGUGAAUACCGCGUUGUUGCGUACUGAAGGCACUUCGAUUGCGGAAGAUGAAGAAGCGAGAGCAGAAGAGGAGGAGAGAAAACGUAAAAUGCGUCUACUGCGUUUACGAACUGAGGAAGAAGAGGAAGUCGUUGAUGUGGACUUGUAUCAUUUUCGAAGGCAGUGGACCCAUCGACCACGAUAUCUCAUCGUUCUAUUCAAAAUAUUCGUGGCAACAAGAUCAAUCCAACGAUUACUGGCUCCACAAAUGUUGAAGGAAGUGGUUCAAACAAGUAAAAUGCAUCUGAAACAACUGUUGAGAGAUCGUAUAGGUAUCGUCGCACGCUGGUCAGAAUACGGAGAGAAUGAAGCAAAUGAAAAUGAACAAUACAAGAAUUGUUUCGGUAUGCUGAAUUGUUACAAAUUCAGCUUGCUCCUUGAUUUAACGUGUAUACAUGAAACAUUCCGUUGUCCACACAGCAUAACACAACUGCAACCGUUGAAGAAUCUUGCAAAGAGUGAUAAUAACGAUAUGAUCUGCACUUUAAAAGAUCCACAAAUGAUCCCUUUAUCAACCUUAUCAAAUCACUGCCACUUUGGAACAAAAUUGUGGUCUCCUUUGCCACGUAUUGUGGAAACAUCAUCUGGUUAUUUGUACGCUAAACCAACAGUGGUGAAAAGUUAUGGUAAGCAAAAGUUUCACAUUAUUUGGGAAACGUUCCGUUGA